AAGCACUCUCUCGCUACCUAUCCUGGACUUUCCGUUCUAUUGUUUUUCCUUCUCCUAAACAAAACGUCCCAUCUUAAAGCUUCGUGGAAGUAGUUUGGCUUUAUGUUGAAGCUUUCCAGGCUUACAUAACUUCGUUUUGGUUAGCUUACAUCGCUAGCCAAGACACGUGAACUUAUUUCGAUUGCUUUAGUUUAAUGCCACUUUCCGAUUUUGUUUAGCUGUGGAGGGAUCGCUCAGUUAACACUACAAUAAUUGCAUUUAAUUGUGUGAGACGCUUUUCGACUUGUUUUGAAGUCCAGCGCAUCAAAACCAUCACGCUGAAAAGUAGACGUGGAAGACGAGGAGAGGAAAUCCAGGCCACGACGAGCAACUGAAAAACAAAAAAUGAGGUGUCCCGCAGACGUCACUAUUAAAGAGCUUCACUCUCAGAAGCACAAUCCCCUCCACGUUAAACAAGAGUUGGAAAUGCCGUACAUCAAACAGGAGGCGGAGCCAGAGACCUCCAGCAUUAAAGAGGAACAGGAAGAUGAAAUCCCCAAGUUUCCAUUGACUGUCACUGUGAAGAGUGAAGAAGACGACGGUCCAAGCAAAGAGAGCGGAGCAGAGAAACCUUCAAACGACUGCUCAUUCCGACUCCUGACAAUAAAAGAAGAAGGACGAUCACAACCUGACGAUGUUAAAGUGAAAGAUCUUCACUCGGAGAAGCACGAUACCCCCCACGUCAAAAAGGAGGAUAUGGCGUACAUCAAACAGGACGCAGAGCCAGAGACCCCCAGCAUUAAAGAAGAAAAUCAGGAAGAGGAAAUCCCCAAGUUUCCAAUGACUGUUGGUUUAAAAAGCGAAGAAGAUGAAGGCCCAAGGAAAGAGAGCAGUGCAACGAAACUAGCAAGCAGUAGCUUGUUGCGACACCUGACAAAAAAAGGUGAGGGACAAUCGCAACCGGACGACCACUUAGCGCCACUCUCGGACAGCGACGACGUAACAUCACACUCUUCUGACUUUUACACCGAUGAGGAGGAUGUUGACGUUGAUGCUUCAAAAUCCUUCAAUUCAUCACUGAAAAGAGACAAAAAAGAAUGCGCGGACGGAAAACCUUAUUCCUGCUCACAUUGUGAUAAAACAUUCACUUCCAAGGAACAUUUAAUCAUACACACGCAUACACACACUAGAGGAAAGCCUUUUCUCUGCACAUUUUGUGGUAAAAGAUUCACCCAGAAGGGAAAUUUAAAUACACACACAAGAAGACACACUGGAGAGAAGCCUUUCGUCUGCUCUCUUUGCGAUAAAAGAUGUUCUACGAAGCAAGCGUUAACAAAACACACGAGGACACACACUGGAGAGAAGCCUUUUGUCUGCACAUUUUGUGGUAAAAGAUUUUCUGCGAAGGAAUCGUUAACAAGACACACGAGAACACACACUGGAGAGAAGCCUUUUGUCUGCACAUUCUGUGGUAAAAAAUUCACCCAGACGAAAUAUUUAAAGAUACACACAAGAACACACACCGGAGACGAGCCUUUUGUCUGCUCUCUUUGCGAUAAAAGUUUUUGUACAAAGCAUGAUUUAACAAGACACACGAUGACACACACUGGAGAGAAGCCUUUCGUCUGCUCUCUUUGCGAUAAAAAAUUAUGCACGAAGCAAGCGUUAACAAGACACAUGAGAACACACACUGGAGAAAAGCCCUUUGUCUGCACAUUUUGUGGUAAAAGAUUCACCCAGAAGGGAUAUUUAAAGGAACACACAAAAACGCACACCGGAGAUGAGCCUAUUGUCUGCUCUGUUUGCGAUAAAAGAUUUUGUACAAAGUAUCAGUUGACAAGACACACAAGGACACACACUGGAGAGAAGCCUUUCGUCUGCUCUCUUUGCGGUAAAAAAUUUUGUACGAAGGAAGACUUAACAAGACACACAAGAACACACACUGGAGAAAAGCCUUUUGUUUGCUCUUUUUGCGAUAAAAGGUUUUGUACGAAGCAAGCGUUGACAAGACACGCGCGAACACACCAGGCAAAAGGUUCACCCGGAAGUGAGAAUUAAACAAUUGUGCAAGAAUACACACCAAGGAGCUACCUAUCACUUGCACUGUGUGCUGUAAAAACCUUCUCUUAAAGCAGAAAUGUAAAGUAAUUUCAUAACAUGCCAAAUUGGGUCACAAUUAAAGUAAUUAAACAUUGUCCAACAAAUAAAGCUUGAAAAAAAUAAUUUAUAUGUUGUAUAUUUGACAAAAUAAUCGCGUUUCCGAAGUUCGAGCCUGAAAGGGGAAGAACCCGGAAGUGAUCCGUCACACUGAGAACAGCGAUGGCAGCGCUCCAUACAUACGGCCGCCAUACAAAGCCCUUCAAACAAUGAUUCAAACAUCGAUAUAAGCGAUAGAUCGAGCGCAAGGGAGGAGAUCCAAGUUUUUGAAGAGUUGGAGGAAGAAGAGGAGGUUGGAAUUUCAUGUUGGACCUAACAUGUAUUAGCCAGACGCUAAUCAGGAUGCAAACAAUGUGCCUAGACUACCUGACAUGGAAUGGAGACAAGACCCAUCGAGAUUACAAGAUUGUUAAGAUAUAGGCUGUUAUUAUUUUCAUGAUUUGAAUAUGCAGGCAUUUGCACAUAAUUCUAUGUUUUUGUCUAUCUGAUGACAUUGUUAAAAAAAAUAAUAACCAGACUUCAUGUUCGUUUUGGCAGGUCCGGCAGCUCUCGUGCAUAUAAAAUAAUAAUUAGGGCUGUCAAACGAUUAAAAUUUUUAAUCAAGUUAAUUACAGCUUAAAAAUUAAUUGAUAGUAAUUAAUCGCAAUUCAAACCAUCCAUAAAAUAUGCCAUAUUUUUCUGUAAAUUAUCGUUGGAAUGGAAAGAUAAGACAAGAUGGAUAUAUACAUUCAACAUACGGUACAUAAGGAUUGUAUUUGUUAAUUAUAACAAUAAAUCAACAAGAUGGCAUUAACAUUAUUAACAUUCUGUUAAAGCGAUCCAUGGAUAAAAAGACUUGUAGUUCUUAAAGGAAAAAUGAUAGUACAAGUUAUAGAAUUUUUCAUAUUAAAACCCCUCUUGAUGUUUUCGUUUUAAUAAAAUUUGUAAAAUUUUCAAUCAAAAAAUAAACUAGUAGCCCGCCAUUGUUGAUGUCAAUAAUUACUUACACAAUGCUCCUGGGCGCUGAAGCCUAUAAAAUCAGUCGCACCCAAGCGCCAGCAGAGGGCAGCAAAACUCCGCAAAACACAAUUAACAAGUGGGCCUUUCACUCUUCUGUCAUUUAAAUCUGUCUGAGCUGGGCCAAGUGCGUUAAUUGCGUCAAAUAGUUUAACGUGAUUAAAAAAUUACCGCCCGUUAACGCGAUAAUUUUGACAGCCCUAAUAAUAAUAUAAAAACGUUGGGGGGAAAGAAGGAGAUGAGUCGUUGAUGACUUUCUCCACUUUAUUGUGGCAACAAUAAGAAAACAAAAUAAUAGCGGACUGCCGCCACAUUCGACCUCGAAGUUUUGCUUCUCGCUCAUCUCCCCCUCGCCUUCUACUACUCACAGCUCUCCAGUCCCAGCGUCUCUUAAACGGAUCGUGCAUAGUGUCUUGUUAUGAGCUUUUUGUUUACAAAUGUAUCGAACACACGACGUGCUGACAACUUUCUUUAUUAACAUAUGGAGAUAACAGUACGAACACAGCUCUGGGCUCUCGGCAGGAAGUGGCGUCUAAUGGCGUGAGGAAAUGUAGUUUUUUCACACAAGCGAACAGAUUACAAAACACCACUUCAGUGUUGUCCCGAGACUACAUUUCCAAUAAUUCACUGCGUAACCUGCACGCUCGCUGAUUCGCUGCGAGACAUAAAAACUAGGGCUGUCAAACGAUUAAAAUUUUUAAUCAAGUUAAUUACAGCUUAAAAAUUAAUUAAUCGUAAUUAAUCGCAAUUCAAACCAUCCAUAAAAUAUGCCAUAUUUUUCUGUAAAUUAUUGUUGGAAUGGAAAGAUAAGACACAAGAUGGAUAUAUACAUUCAACAUACGGUACGGACUAUUUGUUUAUUAUAACAAUAAAUCAACAAGAUGGCAUUAACAUUAUUAACAUUCUGUUAAAGCGAACCAUGGAUUGAAAGACUUGUAGUUCUUAAAAGAAAAAUGUUAGUACAAGUUAGAGAAAUUUUAUAUUAAAACCCCUCUUAAUGUUUUCGUUUUAAUUUAAAAGUUUUAAUCAAAAAAUAAACUAGUAGCCCGCCAUUGUUGAUGUCAAUAAUUACUUACACAAUGCUCAUAGAUGCUGAAGCCUAUAAAAUUAGUCGCACCCAAGCGCCAGCAGAGGGCGGCAAAACUCCAUAAAACACAACAAAUGAGCGUUUCACUGUGUACUGUCAUUUAAAUCUCUCUGAGCGGGGCAUCUGCGUUAAUUGCAUCAAAUAUUUUAUCAUGAUUAAUUUCAAAAAUUAAUUAACGCCCGUUAACGCGAUAAUUUUGACAGCCCUAAUUAAAACCAACACGCUUGUUGUCAACUGUCACCUGUCAGUGGCUCUCGUAAAACACAAACUAGAAGGCUAUCAAGCGAUCACUGUGAAAGAAACGCCGAACCGUACAAAUGCAAUGCAAUGCUUGAAGCAUGAAGGUGGAAAUACAUAAUACAAAUACAAAUAAAUGUGCACAAACUCACCGACGGUGUGUGUCUCAUACGGCAACGUGACCGUGAAUUACCGCGACGCCGACCCGCUUACAUGCACAUCCACACCCCUUUCCCGAUUGACAGUGGAUUAACCCUUUUGGACAAGAUCGUAGAUGAAGCACAAUUUAAACACGCUUAACCUAACGAAUGCAACAAUAACUAUGAUCGGGGAUUGCCACGAGUUAGCUUUUGGCUAACAUCGCUAGCUUCUACGGUUCAUUCCACAACAGUUGGCAGCUCUGCUUUGACAAAGUCAUUAUUCAUCUAUCCAAAAAUCACACUUUUUGGCAAAUCCUUGAUCAUAAGCAGACCGGUUAAGGAAGCAGGCAUCUUCGAAGUGUUUGUAGCAGAGAACACUACUCGAUGAUGGCGUGAAAUUCAUUCGCUUCGUGCGAACGAAAGAUGUCCAUUUACGUGCCCUGCUAUCCUUUGGCCACUCAUACAACUUUUUGUUUGAGUGAGAACAAAACAUCGCCACACACUGCCAUGGCAUCUUACCGAGAAGCAAUGCAACAAACAAUACUGUUCUAUGGCGGACUUCCCUCGCACUUCUCAGUGUGACGUAACUUCUGAAGAUUGCCGAAGAAAAGCAUUUUCGUUGUCAAGGGCGUUGCUAUGUGUUAAACAAAGAAGCUGGAAGGGUUGCGUUAAAAAAAAAAAACGAAAAUAUGCUGAAAAUUGUUUAGCCGUUGAUAUUCAAAAACAUGGUUGGCCAACCUUACUUCACAUUUUUGCUUUAAAGGGAACCACGGACAACUUGUAUUUCUUAAAAGAUAAGUGUCAGUGUGAGUUAUAAAAAUUUGAUUUUUAAACCCCUCAAUGUUUGCGUUUUUAUAAAUUUUUUAAAAAAUUAGUUUUCGUAGGUCGCCAUUGUUGUUGACGACGCAAUGCACUCGGCAUUGACGUCACUGUGCAUCGCUGCUCUAUUUCCACAGUUUCAUUCUUUAGCUACAUAAACAUGUCGUCGGUUCCGCCCUUCCAAUUUGAACCCGAGCGGAAAAGUGUUGAGCAGGACAGCGCUUUCGAUAUUUCACAAAACAAGCAGCAAAAGCAAUUAAAAGAGGGUCUCCAGUGGGAUUCGAACCCGCGGUCCCUGUGCGAUAACAAGCGCGUAGACCACAGGACGUGACGUUAGUCAUGGUUUUCCUUAUAAAGCAAUCGCCACUCACCUGUGUUGUCUGUCUGUGCGGUAAAACCUGAAAGGGAAACUCAACUGAAAAGAAAGUGCGGCUAGCUUGAUCACGGAAUUAAAAAACGCGGCUCACUUCAGACAUCAAGGGUUUAUUGAACACACAUAAAAAAAACAGGCAAAUGCGAAAUGGGAGAUACAAAAAGAGUCCGUGACAGGAGGUAGCAAUCAAUUAGAGAGAAAAACAAAAAACAAAACAACAGAUAAAACCGGGAUGAGAGGCAGUCAAUGAUUCAACUAGCAGUGUAGGGAUAUAAAAACUUUCAAAUGGCAGCAUGUCAAUAUUUCAGCAAGCUGCCUAGGAUCGGUUUAAAGACCCUGAGCUGGAAUUGGAUGCAGGUAAGACGUUGGGAACUCAUCGCACAUCUCUGUAACAAAAUCUGACCAGCAGCAGAAUGUGACAACAACAAGGCAGGAGUAGAAGGGGUGUAGAACACCAAUCGAAGAGCAUCCAGUUUUCAGUCGAAGCAUAAAUUAUGCCGAGUCCAAAGAUGAGUCCCCAGAAAGAGGUGACAUGGAUUCAGAGGAAGAGGAGUUGAUCAACAAUGGCACUGAUCCCCUCCAAGAAGGUAAUAAAAUGAAUAAAUAGUCAUUAUCAUGAACCGAUCACUCCCAGAUGUAAAAGAUGAAGUUUCAUUUCAUUUAAAUGAAUAGAAAAUGUUUUUAACGUUUUAUGACAAUGUCUAUUUUUUACAAAAUAUUGUCAAAAUGCCCAUUUUUGGAAUGUAUCAGUAAUCAAGCAAUGUGUGAUUUUUCAUAUUUGGCAUUUGAAAUUUUUCAACUUUAGCUGGUUAUGACACAUUCAAAAAUGUAAAAAUUUUGGAAAAAUAUUCAUGACAUCAUCGUUUGACGACAGGAAUAAUAAUGUGCAACCAGGCAUGUUUGAACUGUUUUUUUGUUUUUUGUUUUUUUUAAGUUUCCUCAUGUGUCCUCGUGUGUUUUGUUAAUGCUUGCUUCGUUUAAGUCCCAGGGCCCCAUACUUCACAGUGGGUAUUAGUGACGGGAUCUGUCGUUCACUUGAGUAAACGAAUCCAUUCCGGUUCGUUCAGUAAAACGAUUCGUUCAAACGAAUCGUUCAACGAAUCGUUCGCCCCCCUCAUCUCCCUCCCCACCCAAAUGAAUCGUUCGGUUAGUGAACGGGAAGUGACGUUGCCGAACGAAUCACCAAAGACCGCUUCGCAGUAUAACUGAACGGGAAGUGACAUUGCUUGGUCCCUCCCUCUCUUGCACAUUGACCACUCGUCGUAGUUUCAGAAAUGAGUGACAGGCGAUAUCAUUCUGCUCUCAGAGACAGCCUCGUCUCCCUCCCGCUGCUGCAAAAGCGAGGGAGGACUUCCGCGUCGUCUGUCCUAGUUCUAUGGGCUCAAAGUCAUGGCUCGUGCUUGCAUUUCGAAUUAGGACACGGUUAAACAUUUUCCU